GUGUUACACACAGCUGUUUAUUAUGGUCUUGAAUAUAUACGAUUUGAUAUCAUUUCAUGCGUUUGUUUAAGCCACGAUUAAGAUCGAAAACAGUAAUUUAGAACCUCUCCAAAUCGGGCAGUAAGUUUGACCUGGUCAAAUUCUUGAUUCACUCAUGUUGUCAGCUCACUACGGUUCUUGUUCAAAUGAGUCAGUUGAGCGGUUGACUCGAGAUCCGCGCGGAUUCAGUCAGACUCCAAUUCGUGAAAGAAGCGUUCAGUCGGGGAACCCGUGCAACUACCGGUGAUUCCUUGAAAGGAUCCAGCUAAAACAAUCAUUCACGAAUAAGUAAUCGUCCCUUAAUAGUUUUAGGUAUUUGACAUGAUUCUCUGAAUUAAAACACAUCUUUAUAUGUUGUUGUUGGUGGUGGACAAAACAUGUCUAGGUGGUGUAACCGUUGUUCAAUUAUAAAUAAGAGAAAGUCUUUAGCACAAGCUUGAGAUCCUUGAAAAACAAGGUAUGAAGCAGUUUAUAAGUAUUGUUUCUAUGAAAAUGUGCAGUGAAGCUGUUCUGUGUGGAGUAACCAGAGCCCCUCCCCCAUCCCUGGUGUAACCGGCGACAUGAAGGAAGCCGUUCUGCUGUCAUGUGACCGUGAAACAGGAAAUGGUGUGACUGAGAGGAACACUGCAAAUCCUCAUGGCUGUGUGUCAAGAUGCCACUAUCAAACAAUGAGAAAUCAGCUCGACACAGAGCGAAGGUGAAUGCUGAUCCUGUUGCCAGGGCCAGAUACCUUGCAAAAAGAAGAGAGAGUUAUCAACGAAGAAAGACAGAGGGAAAGACGAAACAUCCUGCAGUAGCUGAACUCUCUAAUGAAAGACAGGCAGAAUUGAGGAACAAAUGGAGACAGUACCAGAGAAGCCACAGACACAAGAUUCGUAGUUUACCUCUGCAAUCCGGCUCCCAGGAUGAGAUGAACUCUCAAUGGCUGCAGGAUUUCGCUCCGUACUCCCCCAGCAGUGAGCUUGACUCCAGCUCCGCGAGACAGGAGAGUCCCGUGAGCAGCCACAGCUGGAUGAAACAGGAACCAGAGACUGAACUAAUCCAGUGGGGAAAUAUAAAAUCAGUGCCAGCUGAUAAUUCUACAGAGCAGGACAACCCUCCGAACAGUGCCGUCUCCACAGUGAUACCCCCGAACACGGAGGAUUUACCCAGUGGUGUUAUGCUGACCAUCACCAAACUUCAGUGUCUGCUGGAGAGCAAACAGGAGAGGAUUGAAGCUCUGGAGAGACAGGUGCAGGACCUACAGGAGGAUCGCAGGUUCCUCCGCUCUCAGAUCGAGAACCUCACAGGCGCUCUCUCUACUCAUGUCUGUCGAGGGGUUUCGGAUGAAGCAACUGGAAAAAGUUAGAUGGUUCCUAUGAAAGUUUUCAAGUCAGUGCAUAAACUGUAACUGAAUGGACC